UUCUCUACCCCUGGGUCCUCUCCGUCACACACCCAGAGAGACCCAGAAAGAUAGACAGCAUGAGGCUCGGGCUGAUACUCCUGCUAGCCGGGAUAGCUACUGUGUUUGCUGCAGAGGAGUCAUGCAUGGACCGCUGUGAGAAUGGCUUCGACUCCAAGAAGGAUUGCCAGUGUGACACCAUGUGUCGGUACUACAAGAGCUGCUGCUCAGACUACGAGACCGCAUGUCAUAUGAAAACACGCGGGGACACCUUUGAAUUUGCAGAGGAUGACGAUGGUCCAUUUACCCCUACAACGCCCGCCUUCCCGACCCAACCUGAGGCCGGGGAAUCCAGCUCCAGCCAACAUAGGCAACUCACACGCCUCAGAACCCCCAACACCACCCCUACUCCUGCCAAAAUUGCCACAAAGAUAACCCCAGUCACAGAGCCAGCUAGAGGCGCAGCUCGAGGCCCACAGAGAGGCCAGUUCCCAGUGGUAGUCCCACUCCCAGAGACAGCUAUAGCCACCGAGGCAACAUCAAUCCCACAGACAACCACAGAGGAAGUGGUGACGACCACCAAGGCUCCGGUAGUAGACCCAGAUGCACAGCCAUGCAGCAGCAGGCCCUGGGACUCCCUAAUGCAGCUCAAGAACGGCUCUGUCUACGCCUUCAGAG